UUCAUGUUUUCUCUGCCUGCUUCCGCCAUCCUGUCCGAGCGGAACGAGGGGAAACAGAUGACUCGUCCGCUGUGUUGAGGUUAAAAAAAACUUGCCCGACAGAAACGUCCUGCCUUCCGAUUGAGAACAUUUAAAUCGCCGAAGCAGAGAGAUUAGAAGAUGCAGUGAUGACGUUUACCUCCAACCAGUAAGUCCACGUCCCCUGAACCCGCACGGCUCCCUGCUCCAAUGAUCCGCCUCCUCUGACUCAACCUGAGUCCACCUUCUCUUGACCAGCGGGCGGGGCUGGCCCGGCCGGAGGAGGGCUGUGGGGAUGGAUAGCCGAUGCAGCAGCAGUGCCGACUCUCGGCUGACCGCCAGGAGGUUGGGGUCUAUAAACACAACGCCCAUCUGCGCGCGGGUGGAGUCCUACGAAUCCGGGGACAAGAAGUGCAUCUCGGACGUGAGGAGGACCUUCUGCCUCUUCGUCACCUUUGACCUCUUGUUCAUCACCCUGCUCUGGAUCAUAGAGCUCAAUGUGAACGGGGGGAUUCAGAAGCAGCUGGAUAAAGAAGUCCUGCACUACGACUACCGCGCCUCCUUCUUUGACAUUUUUCUCCUGGCUGUUUUCAGGUUCGCCACUCUCAUCCUGGCGUACGCCGUCUGCAAACUCCGUCACUGGUGGGCCAUCGCAAUCACCACGGCAACCAGCUGUGCUUUCCUGAUUGUGAAAGUCAUUUUAUCAAAGCUGCUGUCCCAGGGGGCCUUCGGGUACCUGCUGCCCAUCAUCUCCUUCGUGUUGGCCUGGAUUGAAACAUGGCUGCUCGACUUCAAGGUUCUUCCUCAGGAGGCCGAAGACGAAAACAGAUAUCUGUCCAUCAUGGACGCCACAGAGCGAGCUGCUCUCAUGGGCCCGGGUCCUUUAUCUGACGGACAGUUCUACUCGCCGCCAGAGUCCGUGGCAGACUCUGAUGAGGACCUGGAUGAUAAACACGAUCCAGAAAAAGGGCUCAUUCAGCAGGUGACUUAACAGGUAACCGUCGCUGAAGGUUUUCUCCUGCUCCCGCCGUCCUCUGGAGGGAAAACUCUGCCUUACACGUUUUGCCAUUUUUAGUUUUUAUAUCGACUUGAACGACUUUCUGUGUACUCAAACCCACGAUUGCACCUCCCGUUUGUGUGAUGUCCGCACCCUUUGCAUGUACACAACCACCCAGACUUGAAAAGUGCUGCUUCCAAAGUUUAUUCUGCUUCACGAGUUUGUGGGUGUUUCCCCCCCCCGGCACUUAGAGCACCUUCUUCAACGGGAACACGAGAAUGGAGACAAACCAGAUUUAGGAGAGGAAGAAUUUAAAUGAAAUCAAAACCUUAACGUUGAUUUCAGUGAGACACAACUUAAAGUCUUAUAGUCACGUCAUGUUUACUUUUUCUUUUUUUUUUGGAUCGUUUUUCACAUGCUCUGAUUUUAAGUCAAUGUAAACUGAGCUCCACAAACUGCAUGAAGGACAGUUUUUUUGUUUCUUGUGGCCAGUAUUGAGCUAACAGACUCUGUUUUGUAACAAAGAAGAGGUUAAAUAUUUAUAAUUUACAGUGUUGAUUACAGAUUUUGCCAAAAAAAAAAGAAAAUAGCAUUCUAACGAUUUGAAGAGCGAUGUUUGCCCCUGAAAAGAUGUGAAGUGUUGUUUUGUGAGAAAUCUGCUUCCUCGAAAGCAUGAUGGUUCUGAGAAACUGCCCGAACUAUAAACUGCUCUCAAAACGCUCAACAUGUGAAAACACACGUUCAUAUCUUUACGCAUGCCCUGCAAGCCGAGCAACUUGUUUUUAUGAAAAAGCUUGUCUGUAACAGAAUCAUUAAAAUGUGAAACUUU